AGAGGAGUGUGGAGGUAUGACAGUGAUCGGUAUGUACAGGAGAGGAGUGUGGAGGGUAUGACAGUGAUCAGUAUGUACAGGAGAGGAGUGUGGAGGGUAUGACAGUGAUCGGUAUGUACAGGAGAGGAGUGUGGGGGGUGUGACAGUGAUCGGUAUGUACAGGAGAGGAGUGUGGGGGUGUGUGACAGUGAUCGGUAUAUACAGGAGAGGAGUGUGGAGGUGUGACAGUGAUCGGUACGUACAGGAGAGGAGUGUGGGGGGUGUGACAGUGAUCGGUAUAUACAGGAGAGAGUGUGGGGGGGUAUGACAG